AUGUUGCUUAUAGACAAACCGGGAUUCGAGUUAAAUAGGGAUCCAGCAUAUACAUUUCUAUAUUCACAAAUAAGCUUUGAAAACGACACUGGCUUGCCUUGUUUUUCAAUACCCAUCACCGACCAACUCAUAAGCUAUGUUGCCUAUCGUGGACCCGAAGUGAUCUCUGUAGAGGAUUUACCGUUGAUAGGAAACUGCAGUAGAACAUCUUAUUGUGAUAAAAAGACAAAAACAUGCCAACCAAAACGAACUUUGGGAUCUCGUUGCCAAUACAAUAUGCAGUGCAUGAUAGGUGAUAGUGGUAUUCCUGGUCAUUGUUCGAACAAUUCUGUUUGUGAGAUAAGACAGGAUUUACCCCCUUAUUACUAUAGCAAUACAAGAGAAUGGAAGGUGGGUAAAGAGUGGCCAGCAGCUGUGAUUGCUCUUAUUACUGCAGGCGUCAUCGUAGGCAUCAUCCUUACAGUGCGGCACUUUUAUCCCAAGCUUAUUAAGUCAGUGUUGACCAAAUGGCAAACUAAGAAUAGCACAAUGCCAUCAGCGGAUCCAACUAUUUAUGAAAAUGAAGAAGCAUGGAAUCGUCAUCAUAAGAGAUGGUGGAAACAAGUGCCAGGCGUCAACUGGGUCUAUAAUCGAUUGAAAAGGUCUAAUAAUAGAGAAUAUCAUCCAUUGGACGAUCGAACUGAAGAACCACCACCCUAUAACGAAAACUAA